AUGAUCACAUUUGGAAAGGACUAUCCUGCAACGCCCCCUAGUGUCCGAGCUUUGACUACAAAUAAAGGACGGUGCCGGUUCAAUCCUAAUAUAUAUGCUUCGGGCAAAGUCUGCUUCACUUGGCGCGGGGAACCUGGAGAGGAGUGGUCAUCUGCACAAGGCCUGGAGUCUAUCUUGAUCUCCAUUCAAAGUCUGCUGUCUAACAACCCCUAUGAGAAUGAACCUGGGUACAAUAAGGCGCACAGUGACACAGCACAGGAUAAUGAGUGGAAGGACAUGCUAACAGAGCUUUCUUUGUAUGCCAAGAUUCGCCAUGAAAACCUCAGAAUUGCAGUCAUUGAGCCUUUGGAGUUGUCUUUGGGUAUCUUGCCAAAUGGAAGUGCAAAGAUAAUUGCAGAACGAGCAUCUGAGGGCGAUGAAGCUGACGAAGAAGAUCAAAAACUGAGCGAAAAUGACAAACCUGUUGUUGAUAAAUUCGCAGACCUUCGCAAAAGACGAUUCUUAUGGUAUUUCGGUUCCUACAUCCAAACGAUUGAUACUGCGGACUCGGAUAUCUCUCGGAAACGCAGAUUCCAGAGAAUGCCUUUCGAAAGUCAGGGCAAUACUAUGGAUGGUCACUUCGAUUACCCCGAAUUAAGACGGCGGAUGGUUUUGCUCAGAGAGAAAAUCAUUUGUGAGACACACAAUUGGUUGUUCGAGGGAAUUGGUGUCAAGGAACAAGACCUGGGCAUCGCAUCAAAUCUGCAGCGCCAGUAUGAACAUAUCGUUGAGGAUCUCAAGCGUCAGAGAAAUUUCGCUGUUGAUCUUGAGCUUGUCGACACGAGUCCUUUCCUUUGGGCAUUUACAUACUUCGGUCGGCCUAUGAGCCACUUGGACGGUGGUAUCUUCAAGUUUAAGAUCUACAUCAGCCCACGUUUCCCAGAAGAACAGCCUCGCGUCUUUGUGGAGACGCCCAUAUUUCAUAUUCGCGUCUCCCGAGAAGGAGUCCUCUGCUAUUUCCCACGUAGAACAGAUGAAAUGCGUUAUCAUAUCGAAGCGAUUGUGGCGGCACUCGAAGAAGAAUCCCCGCCAUAUGAUCCACGGACUACAGUUCAUCCUGAAGCGACCAAGCUUUUCUGGGGAAGCCCUGAAGAUCGCAAGAGAUAUCACAGGGCAUUGCGGCGAUCUGUUGAAAAAAGCGCCGAGUGA